UGAUUCCCAUUUGCCCGCCAUAUUAUUCAGAGUACAUGUACAUGAUUAAAUAUAAUCUCCUGAGGAAAGGGACUAGAUGUUUACUAUUUUCAAACCAAGUGAUAUAUGUGUCUUUCUUGUCAACCUGCAGCUAAUCCUAAAGCUUAGACAAUGAACAACUAUCUUUUUAGUUGUCUACUUUCGUUUUAAUAUUUGGCAAGAAGUUUUCUCAAAUGGGCACAAUCAACAGGAUUAUUACUGCAUGUAAAAGAUUAACUUAAGAUUGGAUUGGGAAAUAUCUUUUAACAGAGCGCAGAGAUGAUUUCCAGCUGUUUUAUAAAUAAUUCUGCCAUAAGUUUCACCAUAAUUUUUAUUCUUUCCAAAUUAAAUGGCAACACUUGCAACGUAUAUAAUACAACUUGCCUUGCCUCCUGUCCUACAAUAAAACGAGUACACGCUUGCCCAGUUAACGAUGAAGAGAAGAAAGAAAGAGAAAAACGAAUGGCCUGCGAAAAAAUUACACAGACAUGCUCAGAACCGCAUCGUUUCAAAUACCACUGCAUCAUUGACGAGCGGGGAGAUCUGAUGGAAAUUUGCGCACCGAUGGUUUGCAUCUUGGGGCAAUACUGUGCUGAAUUUAACUUAGGGGGUGGAUUGGUUCAGGAACACUUCGAUCGAAACUGUACAAGCUGUCCAUUCAAGUAUGAUUCUUCUACACUGUACAGACAUCCAGAAUGUUUUCCUCACUCAAAAUACUCAAACACUCGGUCCAAGAGAACGAAACCAAGGCACAGCUCUACAAACAGAUAUCCCAUUUUCAUCGUCUUUCUGAUCCUUGGUUUGGUGAUUUUUGUUUCUUUUUCUAUUUUCCUGUACUUUACGAGAAAAAAUCUACACGUUCGUCAGAAUGAUCCGGAUUCGGAGAUGCUGUAUGCCUGAGAGAUACAUCGUGCAUAUCAGUACUAAUUUUUGUACAGUCGUGUUACAGGAAAAGGUGGAAUUUUGCAUAGUGAUUGGACAAUGUGGUACUUUUUAAGAGUAAUGUAAAGAUGUUAGCAUAAUCUGUAUGAAGAAAAAAGACGAUUUCUGCACUGUUAGAUGAACUGAAAACAAUAUUGAUCUAACAUAUUGAGCACAAUGCUGUACGAGUAUGGCAUAGUGUUUGUGUGGAGAGAGAGAGAGAGAGAGAGAGAGAGAGAGAGAGAGAGAGAGUUGAUAUUCAUAUAUUCAUUGAUCUGUAUCUCAAGACAAAUGUUGCUGAAAAGUAGCGUUAUUUAGUAUGCUAUGUGUCCGAAAGGAAUCUCAUAAAGCACCAUGAGAACACUUAGUUUUAGUUUGUAAAAGCUGUUGUUCUACAUAUGGUUUGUGAUGGGUCUCUCUAGAGUUACAGUCAACAGUUAACAGAUGACCAUUUACAAUAAUCUAUUUCACAUUCCGCACUUUGGAAAUCUAUUGAAACCCCUUUAAAGCAUGACAACUAACACUCUAUUGAUCUUUACUUUUCAGGUAGGUCAAUCUUCCUUUGCAUGUAUUGGCAUUAAAAUAUGUAAAGUUGAUAGCGCUUAAAAGUUCAUUUAGUGAUUGAGUAAAUUCACAUGAAUAGCGCUGCCGAAAUUAGAAGCUAGAUGAUCAUACGUCAUACCAUUCCUCCAGAAACCAUAUCUAAACAUUUAGUACUUUUAACAUUAUACACAUUUAAAUGCAAUAGUGAAUACCGGAUAAGAGCAUUUUGAAAUGUCUAGCUAAAAUGCACACUUUUAACACAUAUGCAGUGAUACAUAUUUUUUUCCUUCGUAUGAACACCGUCACUUUGGUAAAAAAAAAAUUCAAAAUAAAACUGUUCUUCACCUUUCUAUAUAGCAUUGCAAAAUAUGUCGACGAUUAUGAGAGUUCAUAGUAAACUAUCAACGAGUCAUCUCUAAUAAAGAAAAUCCUAGUCCAAAAUUGUCAAUGAAUUGUAUCUUGUCUCUGGAAAUAAUGCCCUUUGUUCAAACCGUUUCAUAUUAUAGCAUGUAUGUGAUGCGCAGUUGCUCUUCUGUAUUAUUGGAAUUUACCACCAAACGUAAUGGAUUUCUUGUACUUUAUAUGAUGUUUUAUUUUUUAUUUUGAGAACUAAGUACUGACACACAAUAUCUUGCGCUAUCAGGAUGUAAUCAUGGUAAAUGUUCAUGCAAGCUUUGCACGGUCAUCCCAUGGUAAAUGGAAGAAGGUAGAUCAAAUAAUUUCAAAUUUUGUUUGAAAUUUGAAAUUUUUCAUAUUAACUUGUACAGAUGUAAAUGCAUACUUUUUAAUUGUCUAAUGUUAUGGUUGUUCAUUAAUUAAAACUCUCCAUUCGUUUCGAGGAAAUUAAGCAAAUAUCGUACUCCCCUUCAGCUCCCCUUCAGGUGUGUGAAAGGAUCAUGACUGUUGAGGUUACUUAAUAAAGGUAUAAUGUUGAGAAUCCCACA